UUGGAAUUUCCAAUGAUUUCCAAUGUAUUAGUGGCAGCCAUGUUUUAGCAAGGCCUAAACAGAAAGUAUUUUGUUAAAUAUUGAUAUGUCCGACCAAAAUGACAACGUUUACUAUAUUCUUCUUGCUGAUAAAAUAGGAAAGAAGAAAGAGAGAGGAAUACUACGAACAACAUCUUCAAAAGUUGACGUGUUACCCGGAACUCUUCUACUGUUGGUGGAAGAGCGCUACGAUAAACAGAGAACCACCCUCUCGUGGAUAUUAGAGACACUUGAACCAGAGAACAUUGAGAUUGAAUGUCAGCCCACGGACACUGGUCAGCUAACUAAGAUAGAAUUUGCCUUACUUCAGCCCAUCCCUGUCUGCCAAGAACGCCUGUCUAUAUUUCAGGAUCAGGAAUGGCUGAAGGAAGGGGCACAACUUCAGCUGGAGGACCCCGUCACAGUGGCUGUCAAAGGACAACCCUACCUCAAGGGAAUCAUCAAGUACAAGGGCGAGCUACCGGGGGUCAAGGGAAUUCAGUUUGGGAUUGAAUUGUUAGGGGAGAGCAAAGGCAAGGGAACAUGUGAUGGGGUGUUCAGAAAAAAGCGAUUUUUCACCUGUGAACAGAACUGCGGGAUAUUUGCUGCUAUACACAAGGUACGUCGGGACCAGGAUGCUCCAUAUCAGCGCAGAUAUACAGAUCGAUCAAUCCCAAUCCAUGAGGAGACGCCUAUGUACCGAGAGGAGAGGGAAUUGAUAGAAAACUCCAAUCUUAAGGAGAAGGACCGCAUUGUAUGGAUCAGUGAUAACGGUCCAGAAUUCGGGGAGGUGAAGUGGGUGGGGAUCCUGCCUGACAGCAACAGGAGGGAUAUCACAGUGGGCGUGGAAUUCGAUAAUCCUGUUGGAUCUGGUACAGGGAAAUAUAAAAAUCACAGACUGUUUUAUGCCAAAGCUCAGCAUGCAUCGUUAGUACCUAUCAUGGGUUUAAUGAAGGCGGAGGAAUACAUGCAAAUGAACCAGGCCUCUGGGUCCUCCAGUUCCUACUACCCCCAGCAGCCAGAGUACGGCUUUAUGCAGGAACCCGAACAGAUCAACUCCCCUCGACCUUCACAGUCCCGGACCAGUCAACAAAGUACAGGAUACAGCUCAGCAUGGACAGGUAACCAGAAUUCGUCAGCAGGAUACAGUCAAGUCCAAAGAGAGAUUUUGCCACAGCCUGUACAGAGCAAGGAAAGGGGGAGUUACUCCAGCAACGCCUCUACUCCAUCCUAUCAGCAGGUGCUCUCAAAAGAACAGCUCCAGGUUCAUCUCCCCCCGCCGCCCCUAAAGGAGAAGUUACCCCCCUCUCCCCAGGAGUCAGGUCUUCCUGUCAGACAGAAGAAGGAGGAGAAGCCUGCUGAUUUGGGAGGACCCAAUCCACUGUACGAAUACACCAAGGCACAGGAUCAACAAAUUGAAAUGAAGUCUGAGUCAUUAGAACAACCAAACAGUCGCCGCAGUAACCCUAGCUCUCGAUCAUUACUUCCUGCUGACCCUGACCUUGAAGUGGGGUCAAUGGUGGAGGUCAUGUCAAACCCUCCGCUGUAUGGGGUCAUUCGAUGGAUGGGGUAUCUUCCUGACCAGAAGGAACCUGUUAAACCCAUAGCAGGACUGGAAAUGGAAGAGGAAAUAUCAGCGGGAACAGAUGGAAGUUUUGGAAAGCAUCGAUUCUUUUCAUGUCCCCCCAAAAAAGCCUUUUUUGUACCUCUAUAUAAAUGUCGCAAGGACAAACGUUUUGUGGACAGUGUUCGUCGUAAUAGCGGAGUUUCAAAUAAUUUUGGUAGCAUGGAGACGCCGGACGUCAUGGGAAAUAUAUCUCCGCCAGAUUCUUUGGAAAUUAAACAAAUAGAACUGGAUGUGUGUGGCAAACAGAAAGGCAUUCAGGGUCACCAUAACUCUUGUUACUUAGACGCUACAUUGCUUGCUAUGUUUUAUUUUACUACAGUAUUUGAUGGAAUUUUAUAUAGACCUAAACGCAGUGAUGACUUAUAUGAAUAUGAUGAAGUAAAACAAGUGAUAAAAGAGGGCAUUGUUAAUCCACUAAGGAAACAUAAUUAUGUACGUGCUGAUAAAGUAAUGAAAUUACGUCAUUUACUCGAUAAAUUAGGAAAUAUUCCCGGCAUGAUGAGUGAAGAAAAAGAUCCAGAGGAGUUUUUGAAUUUACUUUUGAACCAGAUUACAAAGGCAGAUCCUUUUUUACAUAUAAGAUCAGAUAAUGGGGGUGGUAGCCAGCAUUCCUUUUUGUAUCAGCUGAUUAUGGAGAAGGAUGAGAGAUUAGUGCUUCCUACCACACAACAGUUAUUUGAAUUGUCCUUCCUUCAGAUGAAAGUGAAACUAGAGGAGAGACCCCCUUGUUUGAUUCUCCAGAUGCCUCGAUUUGGGAAAGAUUACAAGAUGUACCGUCGCAUUGUUCCUAGUUUAGAGCUGGACAUCACUGAUGUCUUACAGAAUGCACCGAGGGAGUGUAUAAUAUGUGGUGAUCUGGCCGCAUUUGAAUGCAAGGAAUGUUACAACCAGCAUGGAGCAGGACUCAACACUAUUGCUUUCUGUGAAGGCUGUAAAGAGAUGAGUCACAAACACAAGGUUAGGAUUAAUCAUAAAUGGGAGGCCAUUGCUGUACCCCAGGACUAUAAGGCCAUUCACAGUGAACAGAAGCAUAUACAGAAGCAGAACCCCAGCAUACCGCGGGAGAAGAUGGAACUGUUUGCCGUCGUCUGUAUCCAGACCAGUCACUAUGUGUCCUUUGUUAAGUGUGGGAAAGGCAAAGACGCCCAGUGGAUCUUCUUUGAUUCCAUGGCAGAUCGCAUGGGUGAACAGAGUGGAUACAAUAUCCCCGAGGUCAAACUCUGCCCCGAUUUAUCAAAAUGGCUGUCAGAGGACUAUCAAGAGGAGAUAAUGCGUCGGGGAGAUGAUAAGGAACUCCCAGAACACAUUCGCCGUCUGCUUUGUGAUGCUUAUAUGUGCAUGUAUCAGAGUCCCGAAGUCUCCAUGGUCCGAUGAUAAAGCUAUAAAAACAGAGUGUUGUGUCGCGCCAUCACGAUUCUUCCUCCAGCCCAGCAGGGUUCGCUAGUAAUGCAUUAUAGACUGGAUUGGUGUCUGAGUUUGCAACAUUUUCAACUCAAUUCUCAGUGGGCUUCUGUGAACAAAAUACAUCCAUUGUCUUAUUUAUUGCAAAGCAUUCUUAAAUAUUUGUGUGAAAAGGAAUAUAGUUUGUGAUAUUUGUGACGAAUUCUCCACUAAUUUGUUUUCCAGACUCAUCAAGCUUUAUAAUUGUUAGUGUUUUUCAGAACACAUGGUAAAUAAUUCUUUGAGAGUACCAUUUUGGGUGGCAGAGAAAUAUUUAUACACACGAGGUUUAGAAGGUGUUACGGAUGCUAUCAAUAAAAUAUGUCAUUUAACUUCUUUCAUCUUCAUAAAGAUGUUCAGAGUAAAAAAAAAAAAAUUAAUAAGCUUUAAAAAUCAAACAUUUAAAUCCAAAUUCAGAUUUUAUACAUUGUAAAAGGCUAAGUGCUUGAUGUGUUACAGAAACUGUUAUAUGUGAUAAAGGGAUAUAAAUACAAGAGAAGGAGAUUAUUAUUAUGAAGGCUAUAAACAAAUUUCAUUACACAAGUGAGUAAGGGCUAUGUAUGGGGGUUUCUAAGCAAAAAAUCUAAUUAAAACCCAUAAUGGCUAUACUUACCGCACAGAAAAAUUUAAGACUUGUUUUCUAGUAUAUUCUUAGUACUCACAACAUGUGAUAGCCAGUGCACAUUAUGACAUCAUAUUAUGAUGUCAUCAACCUCUACUACACAAGUUUAUAAGGAACACUAACAAAAUCGCUUUGGUGCAAGGGCAUACCUUACUUUGUUUUACAAAAACAAAGUAUGAAUAGACGCAGAAUAUUCCAAGGAAUUAAGAUGUUGCUGCAUAAAUGUCGACACUGCAAGUGUUUAGUUACUAUUUUUACAGUUUUAAGUUGACAUAGAGUAAAAAUUCACAGUCCAGGUUAAGUUUCCUACAAUUUUUAUCGAAAGUGCAUAGGAUUUGUGCAGCAAAUUUAUGAAUUUUUAGAAUAUUUUCCUUAAUAUUAUUUGUUAUUUAUUUUAAAUUAAAUAGGACAUGCCCUUGCGCUGAUGUUGGUUUGUUUAUGUGCUUAAUUACUUUGAAUGGGGAAGAACAAGGACGUCAUAAUAUGACGUCAUGUGUACUAGCUUUAACAUGCUGUGGAUACUAAGUAUGAAUAAGAAAAUCAAUUUGAACUUUCUCUGUAUAUUAAAUAUACAAUUUAUGCAUUUUUGUUAACUCAUUUGCAUAAAAAUACCCAUAUUUAGCCUUAACUCACUUGCGUA